UUAAGACGACGUCUGGGAAAGAAAAUUAGAUUUUUGUAGUAUAGGACGGAAGAAAAGUGCAUAAAAUGAGUGUCACUCUGAACGAAAUAUUCGAUAAGAUACUCGGCACCGAGGAGAGAGCGGAAUCCAAGAAACAGCAUUUAAUGCAAAUUAAAAAUAAGAUUGCCAAGUUACAACUGAAAGAGAAAGAACUGCAAGAGGAGAAACUUUCUUUGAAAACACAAAUUUUGAUUAAAACGCAGAAGUUGUGCGAGCGGCAGAGAUUUUUACAAUGUUUACGGAACAAAGAAAUUAUUUUUAAAGAACAAAAGGAGGAACUUCUUCGUAAAAAAGCCGAGAUUACCGAAGACCUGAAUGUGGUAGAAGAAGAAUUGGCCGUCGAAAGAGAAAAGUUAUGCCACCGAGUGGAAGAAUUUUGCGCGGAUUUUGUCUGCUUUGACGAAAAUAAAUGUCUAAGACGCCAAAAAUGUAAAAAUGAAUUAACGGCCUUAAAAUCGGAAGAACAAAAACUGCUUUAUGUUACAUAA